AUCCCUUUUCCUGGGUCCACCGAGCAGCUUCUCGUCUCCCAGUGUUACCAUCUCUCCAAAGCAUAACACCUGUGCGGCUCUGUAAUAUAUAACGGGUCCGCAUAUUGUAAUGUUUAUGCGCCAGUACCGCAAGUUCAAGAACGUGCGGAAAUGGUCCCUCUUUUUUUCCGUUUCUCUGGGGGCUGCAGGAUCUGCAACGAAUCAUUUCGUUCUUUCCGGAUCUCACUUUAUUCACUCUCAUAAUCCUCAGAUUCCUUUUCCCGUGUUUCCUUUGGAUCGUGGGUUUGGUUCUUCAGACUUUUCCACAAAGCCGCAGAGGUUCUCCCACAUCACAUCAUUCUCUUUUGCGGGCGAAAUCUGGUCGACCGGGAUCCUAAACUGGAUUUCAGACCUUCCGGAUUUUAACAGAAUAUCAUGGUGCUUUGCGACGAGAUCCCGGACGUCUUGGAAAUAAUCAAUACCUUGAAGACUUAUCGUACGCAUCAAACGACUUUAAACCUCCAUGUCUUUGAUGAGGAUACCCCGGAACAUUUGAUUCUUCCCGGCUGGCAGUUAAUGGAUGCCGCUUUGUCACAAAUGAAGAGCCUUCGAAAGGUCGUCCUGACGUAUCACCCGAGAAUGGCUCGGGAUGACAUGGCAUCCUUCUCUUCUCGGGCAGGCAGCGAAGCGGUGCAAAGGCAAAUGCCUCCAUUGUCCGCUCUUGGUGUUCUCACUGUUAACAUAGUACCGGAGCUACCUCCUGAAAGCCAUCUUGCACUUGACUAUGAUGGUUUGUGGGAUCUGUGGUUUCCAGAAGAUUCAUUCUCUUCAUCAUAAUCUUGUACCGUGACACCCGGUAUGGACAAUUUAUAUGUGAAUAGAUGCCAUGCUUGAGGGAUGUGCGUAUAACAUUUCGGGUUGAGCUGUACAUC